AUGCCUGUCCAGACGAUGCCGCAUGUGCUUGACCAUGGUCACGACGGUAUAAAUCAGACUGGGAAUAGAAAGCCACGUCGCAAGAUCCCAGGUAGCUCUUCAUGGAGGAUUGGACCGGCACCAACCAAGUUUUCGCUCAGGCAUGCAACUCCCCGAAAGCGGGAAAAGGCUUAUCUUUGGGGACAAGCCGACGGAUCUGAGGAGUUCGAUAAUAGUUCAGCUUCGACGAUUUCUCCAGAUCUUCUGAAGGCGGCCAAGUUCAAAUAUCAGCUCAUCCAAAAAGAUGUUAAGGACGAUGUUAUCGAAACCUUGAAUGUCUGUAAUGUUGUCUCCGAUAGCCCGAAAUCCCCAAAUCGGCCGCAGUUGCCCAUUCGAGACACGAUGCUUGACCAACUCGAAUCUGGAACCCGUUCUCUGUCCCCAGAAGAGCGGAAUAUGGUUGUCAGAUACCUUCAAUUUGCUCCAGAUGUCGCGUACGGAACCAAUGGAAGUGGUAUGUUCUGUCCCAAUAGAGACAUGAACUGGAAAAGCGUGCAGCAUUGUAAACUCGGCCUGCAGCACAUCCUCAUUGAUUGUGAAGCAUUACUCUCCAUUUCGAAAGGCCAUCAGCCUCCGGCGAGUAUGCUCUAUCGGAAAGCUAAAUUCUACAAAUCUACUGCGAAACUUCUGGGAGAGCCAGAGACACAGACAUCAGAUCUUGCUAUUGCUUGUGUCUGCUCUGCUAUUGCCAUCGAGUCUCGCUCACUCAACCUGGAAACAAAUAGAAUCCAUCUAAAAGGACUAGCUCGGAUGCUUCAAUUGUGCGGUUUCGAGUCUUUAUUCUCGAACGCAACAUUCAUGUUCCACCCACUCAGCUGUCUUGGCUUCUUUGUCCUAGCGGAGCUCGAGACCAGCGAUAUGGCCGAAGCGCAGGUAUGCUCCAGAGGGUUCUUCAGGAUUCUCAGCACCAUGCAGGGAAUUGCUGGGAAGAAGAUAACUCUCCACCGCGGUAUCGACGGAGUCACAAAUAAUUCAACAGGACUCAGGGAUUCAGUGCCAGAGAGACCAUGGUGGAACACAGCGGAAGAAUCGCCAAUACAUCCUCAUAUCAUAGCUUUAUUAUGCAUGUCAGCCCCAGAUGACGCUGUAUCACAACGAACCAGUCGCUUUCUUAGUCUCUUCCUCCUCAAUAUCAUGUUGUACGACUUUCAAGAUGCACCCUCAGAAGGUCGCUAUCUGCUGAAUCGUGUAUCCACUAUGGUUGAUAGCUCGAGCGCAAUUGAUCUGCAGACUCAAGUUUACAAGCUCAAAGUCGAGAUCAUACCAUGGAUUCUUGCGAAAUCGUGGGCCGAUGUCGACGCGGUAUCUCUUCGCAAAGGUAGCGGAUCUGCAAAAGAGAUUUUUCUGACCAAAGCAGCCAUGGACGCAUUAAAAGUCUUUGCCCGACUGCCAGAAGAUUCCAAAAUCGAGUUGGUCGCGACUCUAACCUCGUGGCUAGGUCUGCCAAACAUGAUACCGGCGCAAGGUGUAAAGGAAGGCUUUCGGGCCAACAAAUCCCAAGGACACGCUAUGUUUGAAGGCCGUGCUUAUGUUCCUGUACGGAAUCUAAGCCAAGAAGCCUUCGAGAAGAUGAGAGCCGAAGUUUGCAGCGACUGGUACGAAAACGGCAAAAGAAGAAAUUUGAGCAACUAUGGAUGA